UGCAGAGAUCUAUUUGUAUUGUUUUAUCUAUUUUUCUGUUGUAGUACUCUCCGUACGCUGUUGAGAAAUGCAUUGUUAUUUCAUCUGUACAUGUAGGUAACUAGUUUCAAAGACGUCUCAAAUUGACGGGAGCUGUUUUUCCAUAAGGAUUCUCAAAUGUAUACGCAGUAAGAAAGAAUCAUUACGCUGUACAUCUCGUGCUCUGAGGCGGAAACGUCUGAGGCUAGACCACCAGGACUAUCUUUUCCUCUAAAUAAUAGUUAAUUAUCCCCGAUAGCGCUCCAUCGAGCACCACAAUACGCAGUACUCUGUAAUAAGGGACAAGCUUGGAUGCUUUUCAGCCCGCCUCCAAUUGUUCACCCAGGAUGACGCAAGGAACUAUUGCCAUCUAGUUGUUUCGGAUCCGCCCAUGUGGAGAGGGCGACAGGGCAAAAACCAAGGCCAAACAGGGGGUGACAAGACGUCUAGAGCGCCUGAAUUCCUUGAAGCAGCCAGCUUGAGCCCGCCUGAGCCUGAGCCAGGGCCCAGGACAGAGUGGGAACAGUGCCCACCAGUGGACAUCCAGGAACAUCGAGGAACAUCCAGCGAUAUGAUAUGUAUAAAUAUCCCAGGAGCGGUGUUUAGCUGGAAGACAAGUGGCGGCUGCGGAGAGCGCGUUGCCAUGGUAGCCAGCAGGUGUAAACAUUGGCCGCAGCCAUCGUACCCGCACCACACCCACACCACCCAUCUAUCGCAUCUCACUGCUGCUCCGGCCAACUCAAAAAUUAAAAUUAAAAUUAAAAGAAAAAGAGAAAAAGAGAAAAAGAGAAAAAGAAUAACUAUUGCUCCUCCACCAGCUUCCAGCUCUAACGACUCUUCAGUUGCCUGCCCCCCUGUUCUUGACUCCCCCUCCUCCUGCCCCUUGUCCCUCCUCGCUUCUCCUACUCCCCUCCCUCAUCUUCCUCAUCUUCCUCAUCUUCCUCAUCUUCCUCAUCUUCCUCAUCUUCCUCAUCUUCCUCAUCUUCCUCGCCUGUUUCUUUCUACACCACCCACAACGAUACGCAUCAUACAUACAUACAUAUCCUGUGCAGAAAUAUCUAUUUUCUUCUCUUCUCUUCUCUCUUCCUCUCCAAAGUUUUCCACUCACCCCUGCAUACCCUUCCACGACAUCUGCUACAACUAUAUACAACAUAAAACGACUAGAUAACAGCCAAACCGGAGUCCUUAUCAGCCAUUUUGUUGAGCCAAAGUUCUUGCCCCUGUUGAUAUCCAAAGGCUUUGAACCCAAACCAUGGCAACCCGUGGGUACGAAGAGCACCCGCAGUAUGGCGCCGGCCGUGUUCGCCGCCAUUCCUCUGUUGUCGAUGAAAAGGCCCUUCCCGCACCACUCACUCCCCGUCGAAAACACGCCAGAAGCCAGAGCACUCGAGUGAGCAAUGGCACAGUCAGCACAAAUAUGAGCAUGGCCUCGAGUCGAAUGUCCCAGGCAACAAAUAUCACCCAACCCCCCGCAUACUCGAAAAAGUUUGUUGUUGUUGGAGAUGGUGGCUGCGGGAAGACUUGUUUGUUGAUUAGUUAUUCUCAGGGUUAUUUCCCAGAGAAAUAUGUUCCCACUGUUUUCGAAAAUUAUAUCACUCAGACCAUGCACGUACCAACCGGCAAGACAGUCGAGCUUGCCCUAUGGGAUACAGCCGGUCAGGAGGAAUACGACAGACUGCGUCCACUUUCAUAUCCUGAAACAGAUCUCCUCUUCGUAUGCUUUGCAAUUGAUUGCCCUGUAUCACUCGAGAACGUGAUGGAUAAGUGGUAUCCCGAAGUCCUCCAUUUCUGCCCCACAACACCCCUAAUUCUUGUCGGCCUCAAAUCUGACCUGCGCGACAAACGCACAUGUAUCGAGCUUCUUAAAACCCAGGGGUUAACUCCUGUUACCCCCGAACAAGGCCAAACAGUAGCUCAACGAAUGGGCGCCACAUAUGUGGAGUGUAGCAGCAAAGAGAUGCGCGGUGUUGACGAGGUCUUUGAACUUGCCGUUAACACCGCUGUUGGGAUUGAAGAGCAGGGCCACGACUCAUCUAAUGGGGGCGGAGGAGGUCGCAAGAGAGCUAAAAAACGGACGUGCAAGUUGUUGUAAACAUCACCCCCCCCCCGGUUCCAUUUUAUUUCACCCGGGGGGAAUGCGAAUGAAUUCUGCCCCCUGCCCCCUAAUCUCAUGACUCACCCUUUCCAACCUCCGCUCCCCAUAUCACCUAUCGGAUGAUCAAUAUAUUUCCCCUUCUUCCCCCCACCCAUCUACAGACGAUAUACUCACGACACUUGUUGGGAUGGACCAACCUCCUCUGAACACUCGGACCUUACUUACCACCACCUACCCACCAAACAAAAGAACCCUCACGAGGACGACGAAAAUAUGAACACAACGUUCCAGUUCCCCGCUGACGAAAUGCCCCCCUUUUUGCAAUGUAUGAAUGGCACUACACGGAUGCUUUUCAUGUCUCGGUAUAAAUGUUGUUUUGUCCUUUUACCCUUUUCCUUCUUGGCCCCGGCUCUGGCUCCGGCAUUGAUUCUUUCUGUCAUUUUGAUGACCUGCUGCUUGUGUCCUGUCCCUGACCACCCGCCCACCGGUGACAGGGGGAAUUUUCAUUCUACGGCGAUAACAAAGGUCACCGUGACCUUGUUGAUUAUACAAACAUUACCUCCAUUUUCAUGGGCGUUUUUCUUUUUCCCUUAUUCCUUUAUGCUUUCCAUUUUCCUAUUUUUUUUCACAGAGUACGAUAUGGCGCAAAUAUGUCUUUUUUGUCUUUCACGUCUGUUGUUGUCUAUUGGCCAGUUUUAAUGUUUCUCGGCUUUUUUUUUUAGCCUUUAUUACCAUAGUAUGUUUUUAACUCCAAUUUUGAAUUUUUCACACCUCUCCUUAAUCAUUCGCCCUUUUUUUAUAACUAUAUUUUGAGGUUCCUUUGUUUUUUGUUUUAUUCUUUUUACAAAUCAACUCUGAGUGUGUGAACCUUUUCCUCCCCAAUGAGCAUUUUGAAAGUGAAUUGAGAUGAUGAUGAAAUACAUUCCAAGGCAUGACAACAAAAAUGCAUAUAGAAAGUGUUUGUCUUUUUUUUCUUUUUUUUUUUUUUAACCCAACAUAUUUCCUCUCUUCUAAGUUGAUCAGUUUUCCAUAUAUUCCCUUUUUUCGGGCUGUUUUUUCUUUUUAUUUGAGAUAUGAAUUGUACUGUACAUGCUUUUUUUUUUUGAGAGAGUGGGUUGGGGAAUGGAGAGGGUAUGGUUUAGGUUAGGUGUGUGCAUGCAUGUAUGUAAAGUACAGUACACAGUACAAUGUCAAGAGAUUGAUGAGUGAGUUAGUGAAGUGGAAAGAGUGAGAAAUUGAGAGAAUGUGAGGAGUAGUAGAGGAAGUGAAUGUAAGGAGAUUGUUGAAGGAAAUGAAAUAUGAGUUUCGUGAUAAAUAGAUGAAAAGAGAAUGUAGUGAUUCUAUGUAUGCAUGUUAUGAACAGCUGAACAUCUACUGAAAAAU